GAUCCACAGAGAGGGGGUGAAAUGAAUUAUAGUUUUUUAAAAAUACGUCUCAAAGAAUCCAGCCUUGUCUUCAUGUUUACGCCAGGGCCUAAAUCGCAAACAAAAACUUCAUUUCCCAGAAACCUUCACCGCACGGAAGCCGGAAACGUAUGACCCCGUAACGACCAAUGGAAUUAGCAAGUGAACAAGAAUCGAAUUGUGAUUGGACCUUGACUAUGGAAAGGCGACGAAACGCACAUCUGAAUAUAUGACACUUUAAUGGUCCCUAUUAAGUCAUCCCACAUGGGAUCUAGACCAUUCUGCUGUGUUUGGCUUUUCCGGAUAAUCAAGUUUAGCGGCGAGUUGCGUUUGUCAGCGAGUCGCUCCCGUUGCGUCAGCCCGAUAUUUCACAACCGUAUUCCCUUACUCUUCGCUCGGAAACUUACGAUGCAGUCAAGUCGAAAUGUAGCCGUGGGUGACUGUAGUUACGGCGAAGGGAGCAUGAGCACUGCAGAAAAAACACGUCCGGAGCUUCUCAGCAUUAUUCCGACUGUCUCAACAAAACACACCGAUAUCACGGCGGCGAGGAAACAAGUAGGAAGCACGCUUGUCCUUAGCAGAAACACAAACACCCCGAGUCCUUUCUCUGGGGCCAACUGUGAUGACGACUCGGAGGCAGAGUCUUUUCAGGAUGGGAGAACCGAGGAUGUGGACCGGGACACCAGGUGCAGGGCUUUUGUUUGGUGCCGAGACUUUCUUGCAGGCUCGUGGAAGACUAUACAAGAGGAUGAUUUUCAAAUCAGCAUUGUAAGUGGUGGGCUGAGUAAUCUACUGUACCUGUGUAGUUUGCCUGAGCAUGUGCAGUGUGUCGGAGAAGAACCUCGCCAGGUGCUCCUCAGAGUCUAUGGUGCCAUCUUACAGGGAGUGGACUCUCUGGUGUUGGAGAGCGUGAUGUUCGCCAUCCUGGCAGAACGAACUCUAGGACCAAAGCUUUAUGGCAUUUUCCCCGAGGGACGCUUAGAGCAGUACCUUCCAAAUAGCCGAAUGCACACAGAUCAACUUUCAGAUCCGGCCAUCUCAGCUGAGAUUGCCACCAAGUUGGCACAUUACCAUAACAUGCUUAUGCCCUUUAACAAAGAGCCUAAGUGGCUGUUUGGGACCAUUGACAAAUACAUGAAUCAAGUGAUGAAGCUUAGUUUUGUACGAGAAGCACACUUGAAGAAGUACAAGAGGCUGAUGAAGUUGGACCUACCUGCUGAGCUGGAGAGCCUCCGUGCACUGCUGGCGGCGACUCCAUCACCGGUGGUGUUUUGCCAUAAUGAUGUCCAGGAAGGUAACAUCCUUAUGCUGGAUGACAGGGACCAAACCUCAAGACAAAGACUGAUGCUGAUCGAUUUUGAAUACAGCAGUUACAACUACAGGGGUUUUGACUUGGGUAACCAUUUCUGUGAGUGGAUGUAUGAUUACACCUACAAGCAGUGGCCUUUCUACAAAGCUACACUGGAGAACUACCCCACCAGAGAACAACAGCUACAUUUUAUCAGACAUUAUUUGGCAGAGCAGAGAAGACACUCUAACAUUACCACAGACCAGACACAGACUGAAGAGGAUAUGAUCAUUGAAGCAAACAGAUAUGCAUUAGCGUCACACUUUCUUUGGGGGCUGUGGUCCAUUAUUCAAGCCAAGAUAUCCAAGAUCGAGUUUGGAUACAUGGACUAUGCCCAGUGUCGUUUUGAUGCCUACUUCAAGCAAAAGAAGCUCUGGUCCUGAAAUCCACCAUGUUAAUGAGAAUGUAGUGUCUCCUUUUUUUUUCUAUCCAUAUCAUUCUUCACGUUCACAUUCUGUUCGGUUCUGUUUUCCAGCUUUUUGUUGUUGAAACUCCAGUCCUAUGCAGUUCAGCUUAUGGCAGUUGAUGUGGAGUGGAAGGUAGACAUUACAGUCUACCAACCACAGUCUAGGUAUAUGCGCAGUUUUAAUGAAGCGCCUUUCCUCAUAGUGUGCAAUUUAGUUAAAGCAGGUAUACAGCGAGGAAAAGAAUUAUUUGAUCUCCUGCUGAUUUUUUAGGUUUGCCCACUUACAAAGAAAUGAAGGGACUAUAAUUUUUAUCAUGGGUUUAUUCUAAAGGCUAGAGACAGAAUAUCAAUAAAAUUCGGUGAGGCAUCCGCAGUAAUGCGGUCUCUGUACCGGUCCGUUGUGGUGAAGAAGGAGCUGAGUUGUAAGGCGAAGCUCUCAAUUUAC